AGGCAUUCCAUCCACCGCGGCGAUACGACGACAGCUCAGGUCUCGCUUUGAGAUUAGAGCAAGCGGGGUCGCUCAAAGGCACAAGUCAACGGCUGCGACACCAGCUACGAUCAUCGCAGCCCAUAGCCCUGGCAUUGCAGCAUCACUCAGCGCAUACACCCCACGUCAGAUCCAGGAAAGCCAAGUCGCCGUGUUUGGAAGCGUCAGCCACAGCCGCGCUUCGCAGUACUCGAAAGUAACAAGCAGAGUCGCUUUUUCAAGCGCGCUCACUGGGACUCUGUCCCUGUUUCGCAAUGCCUCCAGCACCGUCUCCGGAGACUGCGCUUACAGAGUACCUGAGCACUCUGCAAGCUGCACUCCAGCCGCCCACCAACCAAGCCGCUUCACUGCCUGGCCCCUCUGAUCUCACCUUCCACCGCACGCUGAAUCGUCAGCUGCCAUCGAUCAUUCGAGACACUUCGAUCUCGAUACACACGCUGCUCAAUAGGUUGCUGAUCGCCACCGGAGGUAUCGAGGAGGGAGAAGAGCUGGACGAGGCCGCCAUUGAUAGUGACAGGCUACCCGGUGUCAUCGAUGAUGUCGUGGAUAGGCUACUGGAAAGAGCAGACAAGUGCUUGGACGAGUUCAACGGCUUGAGACCGUUUUCGCAGUCUCAAGCGCGCUCUUCCGAAUUGGCAGCGGGCAAAGGGAUUGAAGAUGACGAGUUUGGAGAUGGGCCUCUUCCUCCGCACAUCCUGAAUGCCAACAUUUCGCCACUCCCGCAGAACAAAUGGGCCAAGCCUGACAACUCCCGAGAAACACCCUGGCAUCACACGCUGAAGCACAAACCACACGCCCUGGUGCCGCUGGAGGAGACGCCCCAGCCUGUGGCAGGCGCACCCAUUCAGCCACCUCGAGCGGGGAUGUAUUGCGCAGAGGGCAGACCAGAGGAGAACCCGUACUUCCGCGAGAUUCACGCAUUCAAAGUGCCCGGCCAUGCUCUAGAAGUUCCUGCAGAGCCAAAGCCACCACCGCCUAUCAGUGGCAAAGACCCCGCCAAAGACCUGACUUUCGUGGAUUCUUUGGAGAAGUUGGAGGCGUUGAAAACACAUUUGGAAGAGAAUCGAGUGAAGGAAAUUGCGAUCGAUGUCGAGCAUCACAAUUACAGGUCGUAUCAGGGUCUAGUGUCUUUGGUGCAGCUAUCAACACGAUGGGGCGACUACAUCAUCGACCCACUAGUGCCCGAGGUCAGAGCGCAGUGUCACCGGCUUAACACAGCUUUUGCAAACCCCAGCAAGGUCAAGGUCCUACACGGAGCAGAGCAUGAUGUUCUUUGGCUGCAGCGAGAUCUAAGCUUGUACCUCGUCGGGCUCUUUGAUACAUAUCACGCUUCCGUUGCCCUUGGUCUGCGACAGAAGAGUCUCGCCUUCCUCUUAGACCGCUACACGGGCUUCACAGCAGACAAGAGGUGGCAAUUGGCAGAUUGGCGUAUCCGACCUUUGCCGCGACAGAUGCUCUAUUACGCUCGCGCAGACACGCACGCGUUGCUCUACGUUUACGACGCUAUGCGUACGGAACUCGCCCAAGCAGAAGUCGAAGGUAUUCCUGUGCUCGGCAAGAAGGACAACAUCAUCAACGUGUUCGAAAGGAGCAAGCGAACAGCCGCACGAACUUUUGCAAAGGAGGUUUGGGAUCCAGCGGGCGAGGGUAGAGAAGGAUGGCAAGCGUUGUGGCUCAAACAUGGCGGCUUUGAGGCUGCGAAUGUCGCGGAACGUUACGCAAAAGGCGGCGUGGAUGGGCUUGCUAGAACCGAGAGAUUGGUGCGAAGGCUGCAUGACUGGAGAGAUCGCGCUGCGAGAGCGGAUGACGAGAGCCCCAGAUACGUCUUGAGCGCUGUUCACCUCGUCAACAUAGCAUCGCAAGCGCUCAGCACGGCGCAAGAUGUGACCAAUGCUAUCGGUAGAGGUCUAAAGCACCGAUCGGCCGACAUUGCGAGGGAGGUCCGAGCUGAACUGUUCCAAUACCAAGAAGCUCAAUUGGCGAAAGAAGCCAAGGAGAGGGCUAAGUUGGCCGCAGGUGCUGAUGCUGAGGAGGAGCUUGGUGAAGCGGUUGCUAGGGUUAGCCUGCCCGUCGCUGCUGUUGCUCCUUCUACACCGUCUUCUCCGUCCUCCUCUUCUUCGUCUUCCAAACGCGAAAGCGGGAGUUCAUCUUCGGACAGCGACGACGCAGCGCCCGCACCAAGCGUUGUCACAGCUUUGUGGGAUAAGCUCACUACGACGAAUGACGGCAUAACUCACCUGAACCAACAGCGACCCACACUUGCAGCUCACGAGCCGAGCGAGAGUCGUGCUGGGCCACACUGGCUAUUUGGACAUCGAUCCCACACCGAUGCAUCCGCAUCUCUUCGUCCUGUCAAGGGUCUACCGUCGCAGUCACCGACAUCUGGUCUAGCAGGCCCCGACCAGUCUCAGCGUAUCAAGGCUAGCUUCGGCUCCGUCUUGGCCAGGCUUUUUGGAGGUAGCAAAGCCACAGCAGCCCAUACUACUUCCGACCAGCCAAUUCCUAGCGCAUCUACGGAUGCUGCUCCGCAAUCAAACGAGCGUAUCAAUGGCCGAAAUCCCGUCGAAUCAAUUUCGGUGGAACGGGUCGAGUUGCCUGCUUCGCAUGAGCAAUCGCCACUGCAAUCCGGUGUUCAGGGCUCAUCGAGAGGUACCUCUUCUUACGACGAUGAUGCUUUGGGUGACAUCGUGCAAGUGAGCAAGAAGAAGAAGACGAAAGCAAAGUGGUCGACAGAGCAAAAGGCCGCAGCGAAGAGAGCCAGAGAGGAGUCGGCGAACGAAGAAGCUGCCGAGUUGGAAGCGCUGGCAAAGUUGAAUGGACUCGGACAGACCAGUGGGGCUGCUUCCAUGCGCAAGCCGAAGACAGACUUCAAAGCGUUCGAUUAUGACAAUGCUGUGUCCGUGCUGGAUGCGCCAAGGCCCAAAGAGACCGGUCUGCGUGCGGCUGAACGUCCCCGCAAGAAGGAAAAGAGGCAGAAGAAGGAUCCAUCCGAGGUGUCUGCUAGCAGGAAUCGCAGCGAUUUGGGCACUGGCAAGAGCAUGCACUUUGCCUCGUGAUAUCGAUCUUCGCACACACAACAACAUGUACACUCAAUCAAUGAUGACACUAG